CUCAAUUCCUAAACUUCCAUUCCGUUAUUUAUUUGUUUAUUUUCUUCAUUUUGUUACUUACUCGUUUGGUUACAAAGAUUCUGAGUUUUGAAAACUACACCACACCACAGAAUCUUCGAGUAACAGCUGGUUCUGUGGGAGUUUCAACCUUCAAGUUUGAAGCUUUGAUAACACUUUUUGAUUUUUAUUCUUAUUUUCUCUUUCUGGGGUCCACUUUUUCCCACUGUAAUUGACAGCCUAAUCAACAGCCUGGAAAAGGUGUUUGCAUUGCGGCCACACUAAAAAGCUAAACUUGAUGGGAUUUCAGUGAUGGGGUUCACGUAAUCUAAAUUGGGUCUCAUUUUGUUUCAGAUUUUGAGCCCUGUUAAUCACUUUGGGAGAAGCAAGUUUAUUCACGACUUAAAGGGUUUUUCUGCGGCUCGGGAGAUAAAGUUAAGGUUAAAGGCUUAAAGGGUAUUGCUUCAAUUGUUUUAUGGAUUGGUGCAUUCUUGGGGAACUACAAUGGUGAUGAUGAAACUUGUAAAGUGGGUUUCCUUUGUUUUUGUCGUUUAUUAUUUGUUUUUGGUGAAUGGUUCAUCUGCUACAUUCACUCCUAAUGAUAAUUAUCUAAUUACUUGUGGUUCAUCCCAAAGUAUCACUUUCCAAGAUCGCACUUUCGUCCCUGACUCACAGCAUUCUUCACCGGAGUUGAAAACCUCGAAUUCUGUUGUUGCUAGUUCAAAUUCUAGUGUCCCUUUUCCAAUAUAUCAAUCAGCUAGGAUUUUCACUGAGAAAGCUUCUUAUAGGUUUAGGGUUGAUGAAGGUAGGCACUGGUUGAGACUAUAUUUUUACCCCCUUACCAACUCAGCCCACAAUUUGACUGAAGCUGUUAUAACAGUGGUCACUGAUGAUUUUGUCCUCUUGUGCAACUUUUCCUUUAGGAACUACAAUGGUUCAUAUAUGUUUAGGGAGUAUGCCAUCAAUGUUACCUCUGAUACCUUAACUGUCACCUUCAUUCCUUCAAAUGGUUCUGCAGUGGCUUUUAUCAAUGCAAUUGAAGUUGUUUCAAUGCCAAAUGACUUGUUUGUUGAUCAGGCAUUGGCCCUUAACCCAACUGCACCAUUCAAUGGCCUUUCUGAACUUGCUUUUGAGACAGUUUAUCGUUUAAACGUGGGUGGUCCCUUGCUCACUCCCCAGAAUGACACCCUGGGAAGGACUUGGGAGAAUGAUCAGAAAUACCUCCAUGUGAAUAGUUCAGUCACUAAUGUGUCUGUUAACCCUUCCAGCAUUAAGUAUCAUCCAGGUGUUACACCUGAGACUGCACCCAAUUGGGUCUAUGCCACUUCUGAAGCAAUGGGGGAUGCAAAUGUAGCCAAUUCAAAUUUCAACAUCACUUGGGUCUUUACUGUGGAUCCAAACUUCUCCUACUUCAUCAGGGUGCACUUUUGUGAUAUCUUUAGCAAAUCUCUCAACACUCUGGUGUUCAAUUUGUUCAUCAAUACUGACAUAGCUCUUGGAAGCCUUGACCUCUCAUCCAUAACCAAUGAUUUGUCUGUGCCUUACUAUAAGGACUUUGUUUCCAAUGCCUCAGCAGACUCCAACAUUUUGACAGUGAGUGUUGGUCCUGAUACAAUGGCAGAUAUCACAAAUGCCACCAUGAAUGGAUUGGAGGUUAUAAAGAUCAGUAAUGCAUUCAAGAGCUUGGAUGGAGUUUCUUCAGUUGAGAGUCUCCUUCCUAGUUCAUCAUCAAGUAAAAGCAAGAAGGGUAUAAUAAUAGGUUCUUCCAUUGGAGUUCUGGCUGUCAUAGCUUUGCUUGGUUUGUGUUACUGCUGCAUGGUGAGAUACAAAUCAAAGUCUACUCAACAGGGUCAUUCUUGGCUUCCUUUACCCUUAUAUGGAAACUCUCAAACCAUGACAAAAAUGUCAACAACUUCUCAGAAGAGUGCAACUGCAAGCUGCAUUUCCUUAGCUUCAACAAAUCUCGGACGGUUCUUCACUGUCCAAGAGAUCCUUGAUGCAACCAACAAGUUUGACGAGAAGCUGCUUCUUGGUGUUGGUGGCUUUGGAAGGGUUUACAAAGGAACACUUGAAGAUGGGACAUAUGUGGCUGUUAAAAGGGGGAACCCCAGAUCAGAACAAGGUCUUGCAGAAUUCAGAACAGAAAUUGAGAUGUUAUCCAAGCUUCGCCAUCGCCACCUUGUGUCUCUCAUUGGGUAUUGUGAUGAGAGAUCUGAAAUGGUUCUUGUCUAUGAAUACAUGGCUAAUGGACCUCUCAGGAGUCAUUUAUAUGGAACAGACCUGCCACCACUAUCAUGGAAGCAACGGCUUGAAAUUUGCAUCGGAGCAGCAAGAGGUCUUCAUUAUCUCCACACAGGAGCAUCUCUAAGCAUAAUUCACCGCGAUGUGAAAACAACAAACAUCCUCUUAGAUGAUAACUUUGUUGCUAAGGUUGCUGACUUUGGCCUCUCCAAAACUGGUCCUGCUCUUGAUCAGACUCAUGUGAGCACUGCUGUGAAAGGUAGUUUCGGUUAUCUUGAUCCUGAAUACUUCAGAAGGCAACAGCUUACAGAGAAAUCAGAUGUGUAUUCAUUUGGGGUAGUUUUGAUGGAAGUGUUGUGCACAAGACCAGCCCUGAACCCUGUUCUUCCUAGGGAGCAGGUUAACAUAGCUGAGUGGGCAAUGACAUGGCAGAAGAAAGGAAUGCUUGAUCAAAUCAUGGAUCAGAAUCUGGUGGGGAAGGUGAAUCCUGCUUCUCUGAAGAAGUUUGGGGAAACAGCUGAGAAGUGUUUGGCCGAGUAUGGAGUGGAUAGGCCUUCUAUGGGUGAUGUUUUGUGGAAUCUUGAAUAUGCUCUGCAGCUUCAAGAGACCUCUUCAGCACUCAUGGAGCCUGAAGAUAACAGCACAAACCACAUCACUGGAAUUCAGUUGACUCGUCUUGAGCCUUUUGACAACAGUGUUAAUAUCAUUGAUGGGGGAAACUCUUUCACAGAUGAUGAUGCAGAAGAUGCUGCCACAAGUGCAGUGUUCUCACAAUUGGUAAAUCCUCGUGGAAGAUGAGUUCUUCUGAUGUGUCCUUGAUUCUGGCCUUGGACUAACCAACAAGUCCUGAUUUGUGAAUCAAUGUUAUUUUCCAUUUGGUUAAUGCUUUUGUAAUUCUUUGUUCUGUCUUUUUUUUUUUUUUUUUUC